AUGAAGACUGAGCUUAAUGGGACAUACUCAGACGUCACUGACUUUAUCCUUCUAGGGUUCAGGACUUCUCCAAAACUACAGAUCCUUUUAUUCCUAGUAUUCUUGUUGAUCUAUAUGGCCAUUGUGGUGGGAAAUAUAAGCAUGAUAAUUGUCAUCAAGAUGGACUCUAGACUUCACACUCCUAUGUAUUUUUUUCUUAGAAACUUGUCCUAUUUAGAUCUGUGCUACUCCACAGUCAUCGCUCCCAAAACUUUAGCCAACUUCUUGUCCAAGGAAAAGAAAAUUUCUUACAAUGGUUGUGCAACCCAAUUUUUCUUCUUUGCCCUUUUUGUCACAACUGAAGGCUUCCUUCUUGCUGUCAUGGCGUACGACCGCUUCUCCGCCAUUUGCUCGCCUCUCCUUUACCCCGUCCAUAUGUCCCAGAAAGUCUGUGUCCGGCUGGUCACUGGGUCCUACAUGUGUGGAAGCAUUAACGCCAUGGUCCAAACGGGUUUCACCUUCAGUCUGCGAUUCUGUGGAGAGAACAGAUUAGACCACUUCUUCUGCGAUGUGCCAGCCCUGAUCAAGAUCUCGUGUGUGGACACCUUUGUGAAUGAGAUCGUGCUGUUCAUCCUCUCGGCUCUCAUCAUCAUCAGCACCACCACUGUCAUUCUGGUUUCCUAUGCUUACAUCCUCUCUACUGUCCUGAAGAUCCCGUCCCCCGGCGGCCGCAGUAAGGCUUUCUCCACCUGUGGGUCACAUGUAGCUGUGGUGAGUUUAUUCUAUGGGACUGUGUUCUUCAUGUACGCCCAGCCAGGUGCCAUUGCUUCAUCGGAGCAAGACAAGAUUGUAGCAGUAUUCUACACACUUGUAAUACCAAUGCUAAACCCGCUCAUCUACAGUCUGAGAAACAAAGAUGUGAAAGAUGCUGUGAAAAGAAUAUUAUGCAGAAAAUGA